ACUCUUCCUAAAAUCUUUAUCACAAUAUAUAACAACAUUCUGCAUCAUCUCUCUCAAUAACUCUGAACACAUCAAAUUAACAACCUCUCUUCCAUGGAGACCCUGCUACUCUUCUUUGGCAUUGUAUCAGCGGUUUCUGCCUAUGCCUUCUGGUUCUACCUCCUGGCACGGCGGCUUACAGGCCCAAAAGUUUGGCCGAUCGUCGGUAGCCUUCCAUUUCUGUUCAUGAACCGGCAGAGAAUUCAUGACUGGAUAGCUAGCAACCUCCGGGCAACGGGUGGCGCCUGCACGUACCAAACCUGUACGCUAUGCCUCCCUUUCUUGGCCCGCAAGCAAGGGUUUUUUACAGUGACUUGCCACCCCAAGAACAUUGAGCACAUUCUCCGGACUCGGUUUGAUAAUUACCCCAAGGGACCACAGUGGCAGGAGGCCUUCCAUGAUCUUUUGGGGGAGGGGAUUUUCAACAGCGACGGGGAAACAUGGCUGAUUCAGAGGAAGACGGCGGCGCUGGAGUUCACAACGAGGACUCUAAGGCAGGCCAUGGCACGGUGGGUGAACCGGACAAUUAAGAAUCGAUUGUGGUGUAUUUUAGAUAAGGCGGCGAAAGAAAACAGAGCUGUGGAUUUGCAGGAUUUGUUACUCCGAUUGACGUUUGAUAACAUUUGUGGGCUCACAUUCGGGAAAGACCCAGAAACACUUUCUCCUGAGUUACCAGAAAAUCGGUUCGCCGUCGCAUUUGACACCGCUACGGAGGCGACUCUGUACCGGUUUCUUUACCCUAGUUUCCAAUGGAGAUUGGGGAAAUUUUUAGAGAUUGGAACCGAGAAAACAUUGAAACAGAGCCUCGAAAUCGUUGACAAUUACAUGAAUGACGCCGUCGCAGCGCGCAAAGAAAAUCCAUCAGAUGAUUUACUAUCCCGUUUUAUGAAAAAAAGAGAUGUUAACGGUGAUCUGUUUCCAACCUCUGUUCUCCAACGGAUUGCUCUGAACUUCGUCCUUGCCGGACGCGACACUUCCUCAGUAGCCCUAAGCUGGUUCUUCUGGCUCGUGAUGAACCAACCAGAGAUCGAGAAGAAGAUUAUCAGCGAGAUUUCAAGUGUCCUUCGGGAGACCCGCGGCGAUAAUAAACAGAAAUGGCACGAAGAACCUUUGGAUUUCGACGAAGCGGAUAGAUUGGUGUAUCUGAAAGCAGCAUUAGCCGAAACUCUGCGUUUAUACCCAUCAGCCCCAGAGGACUUCAAGUACGUUAUACAGGACGAUGUCUUACCGGACGGAACUUUUGUCCCCACCGGCUCAACAGUGACGUAUUCCAUUUAUUCAGUGGGGAGAAUGAAGACUAUAUGGGGUGAGGAUUGCAUGGAGUUCAAGCCGGAGCGAUGGCUGUCACCUGAGGGUGACAAGUUCGAGGCACCAAAAGAUGGGUAUAUGUUUGUGGCGUUCAAUGCGGGACCAAGGACUUGCCUGGGGAAGGACUUGGCUUACCUUCAAAUGAAGUCCGUGGCGUCCGCGGUGCUGCUGCGCUACCGGCUGUCACUGGUUCCCGGCCACCGUGUGGAGCAGAAGAUGUCCCUGACUCUGUUCAUGAAGAACGGCCUUCGUGUAUACAUGCAUCCAAGAGCACUUGCGUAGAGACCGGAGAAGAGUGCUAUCAUUGAUGAAUCAAGUAGAGGAUACACAAGUGCAUUUGUUUUGUUUUGUUUUUACAUUUAAUUUAAUCUCAUAAGUCACAAAUUGUUCGUUCGUGUUUAUUUAAAUUUAUGUACUUUGAGCAGAGAUUCAUCAUCUAAAUUUGAAGGGUAAAAUUAAUUUGGGAGAGUAAUGUCUUUGUUCUGUUAAUUACGUAUGUUUCCUAUCCAUAGAUGUGGAUUUUCAUAUGUUUUAUCAAAUAAUAAUUCAAUAAAAAC